AUGGUUUCACAGACGUCAACGCUGUCUGGCGAGCGUGGCUCGCCGCGCUCGCCACGUGCCACCAUUGUCGCGCAUCCGAGGCGCACUCCGCAGAAGGAGCCUGCCCCAAGGAGACUUUCUGUGUGGCAGAGGAUAGAGGAGGGCCCUGCUGCUGCUACACGGCCGCCGCCACCGCCACCGCCAAAGGCCUUGCAUAUUUCACCAGCCAAGUCGAGCACUGCCGGCUCUGCUUCAAAGGGAUUGGCCAGCGUGAUCUCUGUGGACUGCAAGGCAAAAAGUGCUGGUAGUAAUGAGGUUGACAGCACUAAAGUAAUACAGAAGGAUGCUGGAAAGAAUGUUAGGAAGGUGUUGUCCUCAGUUCUUGUGAAACCUUCACCGGAGUCCAAGGAAAAAGAAGGGUUUGUUGAGAAGCUUCCUGGGAAGCAUGAUAAUGUUCAGGAGAAUGUGUCAGAUUCCCCUAGUAAAAGUCUGGGCUUAGCUGGUCGUCCUGUGGCUGGUGUCAAGAAAGUGAAGAAGAUAGUUAUCAAGAAGAUUGUGAGGAGGAUUGUUGGCAAGGAUAAACAAAUUAGUAGCGAAAUUGUAUCUGAGAAGAGGGAUAAUAUUGAUGCUAUUGCAAAUGCUUCUGAAAAAGAAGAGGGUGAAAUCAUAACCUCAUCGCUGGAAAAGGAUACUGUAUCUGAACAUAAUAUGGUAAGCACUAGUGGUACAGCUGGAGCUGGUAAUGGUGUGAAUGUCCAGAAGGGUGAAAAUAGCAACUCGAUAAAUCCAUGUAAAAGGAAAGCCACUUCAGCCAUCGAGUCCAAGAAAAUUCUUGAUUCAACAAAUCGUAGUGGGAGUAAGCACCUUGGAAAGGAAGACAAUAGAAGCUCCAUGGGUCGAGGUGAUAUUAUUGCUGCUUCAGCCAUUAAAUCUACAGAAGCACUUGCUACAAGACGAAGUGAGCAUCCUGGGAAAGGAGAUAGGAGCUCCAUGGAUUCAGGUGUUAGGAGUGCAACUUUGGUGUCUACGAAUGAUAAUUAUCAGGAGGAGGGUGAAAUCAUGCCUCUUUCAGGUGAAACGAGUGCUGCAGUUGCAAGUAAUCCUCUGAGAAUUUCUAAUAGGCAUACAGAAUCUAGCAUGAAAGAGAGCAGAGCUCCUAAGAAUGUCAGUAAAAAAAACACUGUUUGCACAAAUGGAGUUACUGUAAAUCAUGAUACGGCAGAAAUUUCUGGAAGUGAGGAUGCUAGGAGGGAAGACAAUGACAUCUUGAUUAACACAAGCGAAGAGGAUGUUCGCCGUGUAAGUAGUACACCAGAAGUUACUAUAUGCAAGAGAAAGGGUGCUCAGAAAGGUGAGGGUAUGAUUCUGACUGGUUUAGAUGAAAAUAGUAUUGGUAAUGUUUCUGUGGCACACCAUGUGAAGAUUUCUAAUACAAGGGAACUCGAUGUGAAUGAGGAUACCAGGACCAAAGAGAGCCAAAUCCCCAUAGAAUUAUGUCAAACUAACACUUCGAAAACAAUACACCACUUGGAAGCUCCUGAUACAUCAGAAACUACCAUGAGCAAGUUUGUUGGGAGGAAAGUGGGCAAAAGCCUCAUGGGGUCAACUGAAAGACAUGCUACCACCACAUGUAAUUCUGGGAGCACUCCAGAAUUUAAUUUAGCUGGUGGAUUCGGCAAUAGCCACAAGGAAGAUCUUCUCAAUGACGGAACUGCUUUCAAUGAAACAGAUGCUCCCCUGGAAGUUGAAGGUAGAGAUUUCUUUAAUCUGUCAUGUUCCAGAAAUGUUGAAAGCAUGAAUGUGCCACCAUUAGAUGAUGAUCUUAUGGAGGAUUUAACCCGGGAUAUUGUUUUGAAUAAUGGUAUAGAAAGGGGUGCUACAGCUCAGGUAGCAGAACUGAUCAAUCUUCAUAGAGGUCAUCUGUCUCCCGAGAUUGAUUUUCCCUUGGCACAUUCCCGUGAAUCUUCAUCUUCUGGUAACAGCGAGCAGUCUGUUCCUACAACUUUGACACUUGGCAGUAAUUUCUAUUUCAGUAAUAACAUCGAAAGUGAGCGACAGCUCAAGGAAAACCAUGAGCUGCUGGAAGGGCAGAAAGGAUUAGAUGUUUCCACAGUGACAGAAUUUGAUAGUCUUGUAAAACAAAAAGGUGUGGCUGAUGAUGACUCAGUUGGUGCAGGUUCUCAAAAUUGGCUGACUUUACCGCCAGCGGUCAACAGCAUUGCUAUGUCUGAGCAGUUUGUGACUAACGAUGCUACUGUUAGGAAAGAUAGGAUAGGUUUGGAUCAGAGCGUGGAUAAUGACACUUCUGUUAGUCAGGAUCAUGAUACUGCACAAGGUUUGGAGCAGUGUGGAAGUGUGGAUGCUUUCUCUAGUCAGGUUAACAGCAUUAGGCUAUCUGUAUCUGGUAGUGAUAUGCCUCAGUCAGACUCAUUGACACCCAAAGAGAUCAGUGGCGUUGUUGAGAAACAUGGUGAGAUAGUUCUCUCGGGUUUGCACUCUAUUAGUUCAAUAAAUGUUGUAGAUCAACAUGAUAAUCAAAUGGUGGAUAUUUCUGUGGGCAACCCAACUGAACCUGCUAUCCCAGCUGUAGAAUCUAUUGAUGUGAUGGAUGCAGAGCUAGUUUCUCCUCAGGUAUCUGUUGAGCCGGAUAAUACCUAUGACAGUAAUAAAGGAAUCAGUGGUGAUGUUGAGAAACAUGGGGAGGUAGUUCUCUCUGGUUUGCACUCUAUUAGUUCAAUAAAUGUUGUUGAUCAACAUGAUCAUCAGAUGGUGGAUAAUCCUGUGGGUAACCCAAUUGAACCUGCCAUCCCAGCUGUGGAAUCUACUGAUGUGAUGGAUACAACGCUUUCUCCUCAGGUUUCUGUUGAGCCAGAUAAUAAUACCUAUAACAGUAAUACUGAAGGUACUGUGGUUAACUCAAGCACAAAGCGAGAUAUGUUGUCUUCUUGGAUUGAAUCCAUUGUGUCAGAAGCUAAAAAGGAUCAUCAACCAUGCAAAUCUACUUUACCUUCUAUUAGUUUGCCAGUCUUAGCACCAAAGGAGGAUAGCAGGAGAGCAGGAUUGGACUCGGUUGGAAACCCUGUGGGGAAUUCUCCUCAGAUGAAUUGUACAAGCUCUAUGCCUCCCAAGGUAGCUCCUAAACAGGCGAAUUUGCCCAGUUCAUCCCGAGAGCCUCCUCGUGUAAGUUCAAAUCCAAGGCACAAGACAUGGCAUCGUGGUGACAUGACAUCUUCUACAUCUUUGCCCAGUUCACAGCCUUCAGGAUUACCGCCUAAACAACCACCAAGGCAGAAUGACAAAACUCAAAACUCUUAUAUACGCAAGGGUAACGCCCUUAUUAGAAAUCCAGCAACAGGAAAACUUUCUCAUUCUUCUAGUCUGGAUACUCAGAAUAAGUUGAAUAAGCCUGUGAUGAGGAGAAGCAUGAACUUUGUCAGGAAAGUUGAUUCAAAUGAUUCUGCAGCACGUUCGAGCUUUACAGUUGAAAGACCUAAGACUCCUCCUUUACCACUUCAUGCCAAAUCCAUCAAUUCAACCACAAGCCUUCCAGAGCAGUUGCCUAAAACUUUGCCCAAGCAGCAUGUUCCUGAAACUGAAAAAGAAGAUUCGGCUAGGCAAUUAAACUCAGGUGUUGAUACCCCAAGCAUUAAAAGUGCACAAACACCUGAACCCUCAGAUGCUAGUAAAGUGGUUUAUGUUAGACCGAAAUCAAAUCAAUUGGUUGCUGCACAGAGGCAGCACCCUGAUGACCCGACUAAAAGUUCUACAGAUAAGGUUUUAUCACAGCAGCCACCCACAGCCUCUGAUUUAUAUUUCAAGAAGCGGAAAAAUCAGAUUAUUUUGAGUUCAUCUUCCUCUGAUGGUCAGAAUACAAAAGAGAUUGCACCUGCUGAGAGCUUAACUUCAGGUGAGAGUAAUGUACAAAUUGCAUCCUCGAACAACAGUAUCAAUGGUUUAAAGGAGAGACCACAUAAAGCUCUUCGGACAAAUAAUAUGGGAACUUCCUCGCACGUGUGGACACUCAGUGGGCAACAACCACAGAGGAAAGGAUCUGCGGGAACUAGUUAUGCGAAGGCCUUCCCACGUAUUCUUCCAUGGAAAAGAAAAAUAUACUGCAAGAAUUUUAGAAACAGUCACACUCAGAAUGUGAGCUCCUUACGAAUAGUCAGAAAACUAUUACAAACCAAGAAGAGAGAUAUGAUUUAUACUGUCUCAACUAAUGGAUUCUCUAUACGGAAAUCUGGCGUGUUAAGUGUUGGUGGAUCAAGUUUGAAAUGGUCACGAUCUCUUGAGAAGCGUUCUCAAAAGGUUAACGAGGAGGCUACAUUGGCAGUUGCUGACGUUGAAAAAAAGAGAGGAGAAAAACGGAAACGGCAAUAUCUCCAUUAUACUGGAAGAAAUGAUCAAUACUCUUUAUCUGUUGCUGGCAAUCAGUUAAGAAACAACAAUCAAGCUUCUUCAGAUUUGAGGAGGUCAUCAACUUGCAAUGGAUAUGUACGUGUUAGCAAAGGUAACCAACUGGUUAGAAACCCCAAAAAAGUAACUCGCAUGCUAGCAAAUGAGAAAGUUCGAUGGAGUUUGCACACUGUUAGAUCACGCCUGGCAAAGAAACGACAGUACUGUCAAUUCUUCACUCGGUUUGGCGAGUGCAAGAAGCCUAAGGGCGAGUGUCGCUAUAUUCAUGACCCUGCUAAAGUGACUAUUUGCACUAAAUUUCUUAAAGGCCUGUGUUCUGAUACUAGCUGUAAACUCACUCACAAGGUCCUCCCGGAAAGAAUGCAAGAUUGUUCUUAUUUUCUGAAAGGUCUCUGUACCAACACAGCUUGUCCCUAUAGGCAUGUGAAAGUGAACUCUAAGGCUCCUGCCUGUGAAGAUUUUCUAAAGGGAUACUGUGCAGAUGGUGAUGAGUGUCGUAAAAAGCACAGCUACACAUGCCCAGUCUUUGAGGCAACAGGAGAGUGCCCACAACAAUCUACGUGCAAACUUCAUCACCCCACCAAGAAGACAAUCAAACCUAAGAGAAGCAGACCAGACACCCCCCAAAACAGUAGCUGGGGACGGUAUUUUGACACCAGCAUUAGACAUGACAGCGAGACAAGCAAAGUUUCUUCAGGCCAAGAUGACAGACAGAAACAGCAACAUGAUAUUUUCUCAGGUGGGGACUUCACUGACUUUAUCACACUUGACAUUGAUGGUGAAGAAGGCGUUGAUGCGCUGGACAGCAUACAGAGUGUUGAUGCGCCGGACAGCAUACAGAGUGUUGAUAUGCCAGACAGCAUACAGAGUGUUGAUGCGCCAGACGGCAUACAGCUGAUGGAACUGGACUCAGGGGAACUUGGCACGGAGGCUGAUGAUCUUGAUGCACUAAUCAAACCUCUUCGGAUCAUGAGAACGGCAAGAGUGUGA